GCUCGCUUCAAAGUUUGCAAUGCAAAAAAAAUUUCAAAUCUGUCCCAGGUCCCUAUAUGCUAGAAUUCACCUGCCAUACCAAAAUUAGUGCUGCAACCGAGCAAAUAACUGGGCCUAAAUAUAUCUACAACCUGACUCCUUUUGAAAAACUCCCAGAAUUCAUCAAUGACACCAAAAAAUUCCAUGAUAUCCUUGGCAUUAUAACAAAAAUCAAUGAACCAGAGUGGAUUCCCUUCUCCAAUCAGCCUAAUCCUUCCCUACGACGUGACAUCAGGUUGACAUAUGGAUGUGGCCAAGAGAUAAAAAUGGCAAUUUGGGGUUCAAAAGCAACACAAUUUAAUCUCCCUGAAGAUCCAAAUAUGGAAGACAGACUAGCUAUAGUGCUAUUCACAGGAUGUCUAGUGAAAUACUAUCAAGAAAAUUUUUAUGUUAGUGGGUACUCUGCAUGCCAUUGGUAUAUCAAUCCUGACAUACCAGAAGCAGCAAGCCUACUAAACAGAACACAUGGACAAUCUUACAAGAUUAAAAGAUCCGGCAUUCCAAUUGCUGAACAAAGCCAACCAGAACCUCCACCUGUAGCUGAUUUUCUCACGCUACACGAAAUGGAAGCUAUAGACCCAUACGAGUUUCCGGCAACUGGAUGCCGAUGCACUGUUACAAUUGUCCGUUUAGUUGAAACACAAAAUUGGUGGUACCCAGCUUGCAACUUAUGCAAAAAAUCAUGCUUACCAGAAGGUUCAUCUUACAGGUGUCCAAAAUGCAACAUAUUGGACAUGUACACAUACAAAUACAAGCUGCCAUUUUUUGCUUCCGAUGGAACUGAAGAAUCAGAGAUGAUUGCCUUCGCUGCUGUUGCUCAAUCCAUAGUUGGCAAACCAGUUGAAACUGUGAUGAGAUCAAUAAGAAAUAGAGACAACAUUCCUCCUGAUAUUGCUGCCAUUGUAUCCUCAAAAUUCACCUUCUCUGUCGCAAUGGUAGAAUCUAGCUUCAGUAAACCAAAAAAAUCCUACCAAAUCAACAGCAUAUUGCACAAUUAUGGAAAACAACGUGCUCUACCAUUCCACGGUCCAAAUCAAGCUCAACUGUCAAAUGAACAUAACCAAUUAUCUGCCCAGCCUAGUGCAAGUACUUCUCCAUCAUACAUUCCUCCUGGUAGUUCUCAAAAUCCUCUCCAUGAAACUCCAACCAAAAUACUACCACUAGACAUAUCAUGUAAGUUCAGAACUUUCUCCAUGUUUUCACACUUUAUAUAUAAAUUAUAUAAAUUUAUAUAUAAAUUCCUAAAAACAGCAAUGGAGAUGACAGUAUCAUAUUCUACUUAA